CGUAGACGCGUGAGCUUUCGGUGGUUGGAGUCUGCUGACGUCUCACUGUACUACGGUCGCGUUUUUCCCUGGAGCGCGGGUUCGGAUUCUCGAGUCUCACUGCUUGUCAGAACCCGGGUUAUUGGGACCGAUGGCUCAGAAGCCGCUGCGCCUCUUGGCUUGUGGAGAUGUUGAAGGAAAGUUUGAUGUUUUAUUUAAUAGAGUUCGAGCAAUUCAGAAGAAAAGUGGAAAUUUUGAUCUGCUGUUGUGUGUAGGAAAUUUCUUUGGGUCCACCCCAAGUGCCGAAUGGGAGGAAUAUAAGACUGGCGUGAAGAAAGCUCCUAUUCAGACAUAUGUGCUGGGUGCAAAUAACCAGGAAACAGUAAAAUACUUCCAAGAUGCUGAUGGGUGUGAAUUAGCUGAAAACAUUACUUAUCUGGGUCGUAAAGGUGUCUUCACUGGAACCUCGGGGUUGCAGAUUGUGUACCUCAGUGGGACAGAGUCCUUAAAUGAGCCGGUCCCAGGUUACAGUUUUAGUCCCAAGGAUGUGUCUUCCCUGAGAACAAUGCUGUGCUCAGCACCCCGGUUUAAGGGUGUCGAUAUCUUGCUCACAUCCCCAUGGCCCAAGUAUGUGGGGAACUUUGGGAAUUCUUCUGGAGAAAUAGAUACCAAAAAGUGUGGCUCCGCUUUGGUUUCCAGUCUUGCUACAGCCUUGAAACCAAGAUACCAUUUUGUUGCUUUGGAAAAGACCUAUUACGAGAGGCUUCCAUAUCGAAACCACAUUGUUCUACAGGAAAAUGCACAGCAUGCCACUCGAUUUAUAGCUCUGGCAAAUGUUGGAAACCUGGACAAGAAAAAGUAUCUUUACGCAUUCAGUAUUAUUCCCAUGAAACUGAUGGAUGCAGCAGAACUGGUAAAGCAGCCUCCAGAUGUCACGGAAAACCCGUAUAGAAGAUCUGGGAAGGACGCAGCCAUGGGAAAGCAAACUCCUGCCCCUGAGGAAGAAUCAGCUUGUCAAUUCUUCUUUGACUUAAAUGAAAAGCAGGGAAGGAAGCGUUCAUCCACAGGCAGAGAGAGCAAGUCCUCUCCUCACCCAAAGCAGCCUCGCAAACCUCCUCAGCCUCCAGGACCCUGCUGGUUUUGUCUAGCCAGCCCUGAAGUAGAAAAGCAUUUGGUGGUCAAUGUUGGCACACAUUGCUAUCUUGCUCUGGCCAAAGGAGGCUUGUCUGAUGAUCAUGUCCUCAUCCUGCCCAUUGGACACUACCAGUCAGUGGUGGAGCUUUCAACAGAGGUGGUGGAGGAAGUGGAGAAAUAUAAGGCUACGCUGAGGCGGUUCUUUAAGAGUCGAGGGAAAUGGUGUGUUCUCUUUGAGAGAAAUUAUAAGAGCCAUCACCUCCAGCUACAGGUUGUUCCGGUGCCACUGAGCUGCUGUGCCACUGAUGACAUUAAAGAUGCCUUUAUUUCCCAGGCUCAAGAGCAACAGAUAGAGCUAUUAGAAAUUCCAGAGCACUCCGACAUCAAGCAGAUUGCACAGCCAGGAGCAGCAUAUUUUUAUGUUGAACUUGACACAGGAGAGAAGCUUUUCCAUAGAAUUAAAAAGAAUUUUCCUUUGCAGUUUGGAAGGGAGGUCCUGGCCAGUGAAGCCAUCCUUAAUAUUCCUGACAAGUCCGAUUGGAGGCAGUGUCAGAUCAGCAGAGAAGAGGAAGAGACCCUAGCCCGCCGCUUCCGGAAAGACUUUGAGCCCUUUGACUUCACUCUGGAUGACUAACUAAAGGGAAAGACACUUUACGAACUUCACAGGUUCAUCCACCUGUUUUUAAAGAAACUGCAGUUUCCUAUGAGGACUGUUUCCCUGCCUCUCUUUCAUGUAUUCCCGUGGAACCUGCCCACAGCAAAAGGUCUAGGACUGAAUAAUUUUUGGAAGAAGUCACAUUCUAGGAUGAAAGUCCUAUGUUAAAAGCAUGUCUGUCAUCCAGCUCCAAGUACAAGCUUGUGUUUAUCAACAUUUUAAAAAACAUGUAGACUAUCAAAUAAAAUCCAAAGGCUUUUCUAUGGUUGAGAAGUGUCUUGUGUUCAUGUUACCUGUGAUCCUUGAAAUGAUGUAGUCCAUGUAAUAGGCGGGGCCAGGGUUUUAGGCCCAGUGUUUCAUCCCAGAAUCACCCAGGGUGGCUUCUCCCUGAGCAACCUAGUUUUGAGAAGGGACCCAAGGCCUUUGCCACUUUUCUUUUAUAGCAGUCAUCUUACUGAUGCAUAAAAGCUCAUUCAGUCCUUCAGCAAAUAUUUAACUCCUAUGUGCUAGGCAUUUUUCUAGGCUCUGGGAGUAUAGUUAUGUCCUAACAUGGUCCCUGUUGUCCCAUAGUUUACAGUCUAAUUGGGAAGAGAAGGGACAGAUUUAAGAAAAAAAGAUGACUUCUGCUUUGGAUAUGUUGAGUUUUAGAUGCCAAAGAUUUGUAACGGAUGCAUCCUGGGUGCUGCUGGAGAGUUCUAAACUCAUGGAGAUUUAGGUUGGUGAUAGGGAUUUGGGUAUCAUCAGGAUAUAGGCAGUACAUUAAAUAAAAAGGAUGGAUGAAAAUAAGAGUUAAAGCUCUAAGCUGAGGAUGACUACCUGAGAAGUAUUACUAUUUAAGGAGUACUUGGAGUGAUCCAACAAGUACAUGGAGAAGAAGCAAAGAGAGAGAUCUCAGGAGACUGUCAAAAAAAUUCCUCCUAUAUAUUGGGCAUGUGUGGCCCAGAGGAGAAAUAUGUGGCAGUUGAAACACUAUGGGGGCAGUUCUACUCUGUCCUAUAGGGUCGCCAUGAGUCGGAAUAGGCUGAAUGGCAACAGGUUUAUGGCCCAGACACUGGAUUUCACUUAGUCCUUACAAAAUCUCUACGAGGUGGGUAUCACCACUUCCAUUUUACACCUGAUGAAGCUGAGACUCACAAACUUGAUUGUGGAGUCUGGGGCCUACCAGCCUGGAAUUUAAAAAAAUGAGCUAUGCCGUAUCCCUAAGAAUGAGUACUUUUUUUUUUUAAUUGUGGAAAUUUAUAGCUCAAGUUAAUUUCUCAUACAAAAACGUAUACACAUAUUGUUUUGUGACAUUACUUGCAAUCCCCACAAUGUGACAGUACACUUCCCCUUUCUACCCUAGGUUCCCUGGGUCCAUUCAACCAGUUCCUGUCCUUUUCUGCCUUCUCAUCCUGCCUCUGGACAGAAGCUGCCCAUUUGGUCUCGUGUAUCUCAUUGAAUUACUCUUCACUUGUAUUAUUUUUUCUUUUAUAUUCCUGUCUAAUCUUUGAAAGGUGGGCUUUGGCAAUGGUUUCAGUCCUGGGUUAACAAUGUCCGGGGGCCAUAAUUUUAGGGCUUCCUCCAGUCUCUGUCGGUCCAUUAAAUCUGGUCUUUUUAUGGGAAUUUGAAUUUUGCUCAACACUUUUAUCCCACUCCAUCCAGGACUCUCUUGUGUUCCUGGUUAGGGCAGUCAUUGGUGGUCUCAGGCUGGUGAAGACUCUGGUUUAUGUGGUCCUUUAGUCUCUUGGGCUAAUGUUUUCCUCGCGUCUCUGGCUUCAUUCUCCUUUGCUCCAAGUACCCAGUGGGAUGGGACCAAUUGAUGCAUCUUAGAUCAUCGUUUCCAAGCUUUUAAGACCCCAGACACCACUCACCAAAGUGGGAUGCAGAACAUUUUCUUAAUAAACUUUGUUAUGCCAGUUUACCUAGAUGUCCCCCAGAACUACGGUCCCCAGGCUCCAGCCCCAGCUAGUCUGUCCCUCGAGGUGUUUCGAUAUGUCCAGGAAAUUUCUUAGCUUUUGCUUUGGUCCAGUUGUGCUGACUUUCCCUUCACUGAACUUAUUCUGGUCUACUAUCUAGUAAGUGAAUUCCCCUUCUCCUCCCUCUCCACCCUUGUAACCAUCAAAGAAUGCUUUCUACUUCGUUUAAAGCUUGAGUUCUUAUAAUAGUGGUCUCAUACAAUAUUUGACCUUUUGUGACUAAUUUCACUCAACAUAAUGCCCUCCAGAUUUGUCCACGUUGCGAGAUGUUCAGAGGAUUCAUCAUUGUUCUUUAUCGUUGUGUAGUAUUCCAUUGUGGGUAUGUACCAUAAUUUGUUUAUCCAUUCAUCUGAUGAUGGGCACCUAGGUUGGUUCCAUCAUUUUGCUAUUGUGAAUAAUGCUGGAAUGAACAUAGUGUGCAUGUGUCUAUUUGUGUGAGGGUGCUUAUUUCUCUAGGAUAUAUUCCUAGGUGUGGGGUUGCUGGAUUGUACGGUAUUUCUAUUUCAAGGAAGCACCAAAUUGUUUUCCAAAGUGAUCGUACCAUUUCACAUUUCCAGCAGUGCGUAAGUGUAUCAACCUCUACACAACCUCUCCAGCAUUUAUUAUUUUGUGUUUUUUGGAUUACUGCCAGUCUUGUUGGGGUGAGAUGGUAUCUCAUUGUAGUUUUGAUUUGCAUUUCUCUUGGCUAAUGAUCACAAGCAUUUCCUCAUGUGUCUGUUAGUUGCCUGAAUGUCGUCUUUGGUGAAGUGUCUGUUCAUAUCCUUUGCCCAUUUUUAAAUUGGAUUAUCUGUGUUUUGGUUGUUCACAUGUUGCAGCAUCUUACAGAUUUUAGAGAUUAGAUCCUUAUUGGAUAUGUCGUAGCCACAUUUUUUUCCCUCUAACUGUAGUUCCCCCCCCCCCCUUUGGUGACAUCUUUUGACAAGUGUGUUUGAUUUUUAGGAGCUCCCAGUUAUCUAGUUUCUCUUCUGGUAUUUGUGCAUUGUUAGUUGUGUUUUGUAUACUAUUUAUGCCACAUAUUAGGACUCCAGAAUGGGGACGUUUAAGGAGCAAACCAGUGACCCUCUUAGCGCAGAAGUCUUCCUAGUUCUUGAGAUUCCCUAACAUUUAAAUCAUCAGUGGCCUUUGCCAGUGCCAGUUCAGCGGGUGACAGGGUUGGAGUAUACACGGCUGGGGUGUGGGGAAGGAAGUGUAUACAGAGAUGCAGACAAUCUUAAAUUUGAAAAAAAAAAAAAAAAACGAAAACAGGACA